UAAAAACAUGGCUGGUGUGGUCCACGUGAAGGAGAAAACUAGUUGGAAACCAGUGGAAUUCAGUCGAUUCGUAGACUCUAAAGGAGAUUUUGAUGGACUGAUUAGUUUUGAAGAACUUACCGACUAUGAAAUUGUUAAAGGAGAGGUCAAAGUGGGUAAAAAGAAAUCAAAGGUGAAGGGUGAAGCAAAAGCAAAGGAAGAUGCUAAAAGAAAAUUAAAAGAAAAAGAUGUGGAAGGUAAACCAAGAAAGAAAUCGACAGAGAAGAAAGUCAAAAAGAGUGGAAAAGUAAUUAAAACUGGUGCUCAGGCCAAUCAACAAAUUGAUGACUUGAAUGAAACUGUGGAAGAAAAAUCAGAUCUUGAGAAGGAGCAAGAUCAGUUGAAAAAAAAGAAAAAGAAAGAAAAAAUGAAAAGAAAAAUACAAGAAUUGAAGAAUAAAAGAAAGUUACGGAAGGAAAAGCAAGAAAAUGAACCCAAACAGAAAAAAGUAAAACUUGAGCAGCCAGAAUCAAGUGAAGAUGAGGCCGAAGAUGAUGAUGCCACUAAAGGAAUGGAGAGAUGGAAGGGCCUCCAUGUGCCAGAAGAGGUUCUACGGGCUCUGAGAGAUGCUGGAUUUCGGGCACCCACAUCCAUACAAGCCCAGGUCCUGCCUUCUGCCAUCAGGGACCAGAUGGAUAUUGUUGGGGCUGCUGAGACGGGAAGCGGAAAGACUCUGGCGUUUGGAAUACCACUUCUGCAUUUUAUCUUGGAAGAAAAAAGGAAGGAAAAUGACCCACAAUCUAUGGAUGAAAUGGAAAGUGACAGUGGCAAUGAAACUGGUAAUGCUGAUGUUGAAGAUAUUGAUGCUUCUGCGGACCAGGAGAAGGAGGAGGAGUCAAAUGAAAUGGAUGAAACAAACAGUGAUAUGGAAGAGGAGUCAGAAGAUGACGAGGACAAUGGAGAAGCAGAGGAAAAAGAAGAUGAACAGUCAGAAGAUGAGAGUGAUGAUGGGGAAAAUUCUGACGAAGAAAAUGUUGGUGAACUUCAGGAGGAUGGUACAGGGUGUGUGGCAGUUGUGAAGGAUGCUGACUUCAGCUGGAUGGAGGGCCUGACACCUGCCCCCAUGAUGCCUGGAGCCCCUAUGCUCCCCCGGGCGACCAGGACCCACCCCCGGGCUCUUAUCCUGGAGCCCACACGAGAGUUAGCCAUACAAGUGAAAAACCACCUGGUCGCUGCUGCCAAGUACACCGAUAUAAAGGUAGCAGUUAUAGUUGGUGGCCUGUCGAUGGAAAAACAGCGCCGUGUAUUGAAGAAGUGUCCCGACAUCAUUGUGGCCACUCCUGGUCGCCUUUGGGAACUUAUUCAGGAGGGCGAGACAUGUCUACAUGAAGUUGAGAAGACACGUCUUCUUGUGGUGGACGAGGCAGAUCGUAUGAUAGAAAAAGGACAUUUUGAUGAGCUUGCCAGGCUGCUAGAGAAGAUGAAAAGAGACAGCACAAAGGAAAUUCGUCACACGUUCGUGUUUUCUGCCACUCUGACGCUGAUCCACACUGGACCACAGAGGGUGAUGAAAAAACGCAAGAAGAAAAUGGAUGAGAAAACUAAGCUUGGUUACCUGAUGAGGAAGAUGGGUCUGAAGCCGAAACCAAAGAUUGUGGACCUGACACGAAAGAUGGGGACAGUCGAGACUCUCACAGAAGCUCGGAUACACUGUCCCAAGGAGGAAAAGGACAUCUACUUGUAUUACUUCCUACGACAGUAUCCAGGCCGGACACUCGUGUUUGCGAACAGCAAGGAUUGUAUUCGACGUCUGGUAUCCGUGUUUACGAUUCUACAGUGUCGACCCCUCCCCCUCCAUGCUGACAUGCACCAGCGUCAGCGACUGAAAAACCUGGACAAGUUUACAGCUAACCCCAAUGGCCUGUUACUGGCUUCUGAUGUGGCAGCUCGAGGAUUGGACAUCCCGAAUGUAGAACAUGUCAUACACUACCAGGUGCCUCAAACUGUUGAGAAUUAUGUGCACAGAAGUGGCCGGACAGCUCGUGCAAUGAAGGAAGGACUCAGUGUUGUGUUGAUUGGCCCGGAUGAUGUUAAAAGUUACAAGAAGAUAAUACACACGCUCAACAAAAAUGAAGAUCUGCCCAUGUUCCCAGUGGAGCAGACAAUCCUUUCAGAGCUGAAACGUCGGGUCAACAUGGUCCGACAGAUAGAAACACAAGAAUAUAGGUUUAACAAAAAGAAGCGCCAAAAUGACUGGUUUAUUAAAUCUGCUGAGGAAGCUGGCGUGGAAAUAGACGAUGCUGGACUUUUGGAUGACCUUGGUGAUGAUGAUGAACAACAGCGACACCGGCAGCAUUUGCGUCAGAUGAAGCACGAGCUGUCCUUGCUGCUGGGCCAGCCUCUUGCUCCCCAGUCCACGUAUACCAAGUAUCCGACCAGGACUGGCAAACUGGUAACACCUCAGAAUACAGAGAGGUCAGUUGAUGCGCUGGCACAACUGAAGAAAAAUAAGAAAGUUGAGAAGCAGGCGACAUCGGAAGUGGAGCAGACAACAAACAGCUCGGAGCAGACAACAGUUUCAAGGUCACAAAAACGCCGCCAAUUGAGAAGGGAAAAGUGGAAGAAACGAAAAGAAGAGCCACAAAAGACAGAAUGAAUAAUAUUUCAAAAUGUUUAUAUGAAAUAAUUGUUGAUUAUUUGAAUACAUAUACAAAUAAAACGUUUAAAAGAGCAAUUCAA